UGCUGCAGUUGUGUGUGUGCGCCGCUGGGUGAGUCUCCGCGGCGGCUGUCUCCGUAGCUCCCCUUUUUCCGAGAAAAGGAGAGGAGAAUUAGCUCCGGGAGGAGGGCCGCCGCCAUUAUUGGGAAGCUGGGGGGAAAACACUUUAACACACACGCAAUCUCUUGUGAAAUUGAUAAGGACGUUACCAAUUUGUUGCAUUAAAACAGUUUAGAAUAAACAUUGUACCGCAAUUAAAGCAACCUCGACCGGUGUCCCGUGCAUGAUCGAUCCAGCAUAAUGUUGCCACAACAAUGGACAUAAUAAUUGGUCAAAAGCAACGUGGUGAACCAAGGAGAAGACGGUGACACAAGCUUUUAUUCGCCGAGGAGAAAAAAAUAAAUAACAGGAAGAUCAUUGUUUUUACGUUAGUAGUUUUACUAUCACAAAGAAAACGGACAUAUCAAUGGAAUUGAAAAUAAUCGAAAUGGGGAUAUAGACUUACAAUGAAUCUGUCAAGCUAACAAUAACAACCUACGUAUAGUUAGUUGUGUCUGUUUUGGACGAGCCACAUUUGUGUUUCUUAUAUCCAUGUAUAUCAGGCGGCGAGGGCUGCGGCAAGCGCUGGCCUGACAGAUUCAGGGAGAAUGCGAUGGCUCAUAUCUACAUUAGGAAUGAAUGAGAGAAGCCUCCGCCUUUGCUACACCCCAACACUGCUGUUGAAGCACUCUACAGGAAACACCAACUGAACUUCAUCCCUACUGUACAUCUGCCACUCUAUGGACACACAUCCAGGUGUACUCUCCGAUCAAGUGCCUGAUGAUGGCAGGAUGAGUGUCAGCAGACGAUAAUGAUGGCAAAAAAGCAAGAUGCUAAGUCCCCCACAUACAACCUUAUUGUUGUGGGUUUGUCAGGGACUGAGAAAGAGAAGGGCCAGUGUGGCGUGGGCAAGUCCUGCCUGUGUAACCGCUUUGUGCGCCCCAGCGCUGAUGACUUCUAUCUGGACCACACAUCAGUGCUGAGCACAAGUGACUUUGGGGGCAGAGUGGUUAACAAUGACCACUUCCUGUUCUGGGGGGAGGUGGGGCGGGUGGUGGAGGAGGGGCCGGAGUGCAGGAUGCAUGUGGUGGAGCAAACAGAGUUCAUUGAUGACCAGACGUUCCAGCCACACCGCAGCACUGCCAUGCAGCCCUACAUCAAGAGGGCGGCCUCCACCAAGCUGGCCUCUGCAGAGAAGCUGAUGUACUUCUGCACGGACCAGCUGGGGCUGGAGCAGGACUUUGAGCAGAAGCAGAUGCCUGAGGGCAAGAUACAGGCUGACGGGUUCAUGCUCUGUGUGGACGUCAGUAGGGGGAUGAACCGCAACUUUGACGACCAGUUGAAGUUUGUCACAAACCUUUACGGUCAGCUGAGCAAAACAAAGAAGCCCAUUGUGCUAGUCUUAACCAAGUGCGAUGAGGGAGUUGAACGCUACAUCAAAGAUUCUCACACCUUUGCCAUCACUAAAAAGAGUCUUCCAGUGGUGGAGACGUCUGCGCGCUCUAACAUCAAUGUUGACCUAGCCUUCAUUGCUUUGGUGCAACUCAUUGAUAAGAGCAGGGGCAAGCCCAAGAUCAUUCCUUACUUUGAGGCCCUCAAGCUCCAGAGUCAGCAGAUAGCCCUGGCUAAAGACCGAUACGAAUGGCUAGUCAACCGUGUAGUGAAGAACCACAACGAGACCUGGCUUAACACCAGUCUACGCAUGCACAGCUCUUCAGAGUUCAAGGAAUACGUCUUUCUAGAGGGUACAGCGAAAUGCAAGAAGCUCUUCCAGCAGCAUGUGUACCGUCUAAAACAGGAGCACAUUGAGAGACGUCGGAAAAUCUAUCUGAGCACUCUUCCUCUAGCACUUAGAUCCCUGGUGCCUGACCUGGAUGAGAUCGACCAGCUGAGCUGGUCUGGGGUUCAGAAGGUCCUGGAGUCCAAGCAGCACUUUGCCCACUGGUUUGUGGUUUUGGAGGACUCUCCAUGGGAGGACACGUCUCACAUAGACAACAUGGAGGAUGAGCGCAUCCCCUCAGACCUGCUGGAGACGGCCCCAGCCGAGAACAUUUUCAACACCCACCUGGACCACCUGAGGAACGAGUGCAAGCGGGCAGAGAUGAGGCAGGAGUUCAUGCACAAGCUGGCCUGUUCUCCCUUUGUCACGCCAGGCAAGCCCUGGGAAGAGGCCCGCAGCUUCAUCAUGAAUGAAGACUUCUACCAAUGGUUGGAGGAAUCAGAGUACCUGGACCUCUACAACCGCCACCAGAAAGAGAUAAUAGACCACGCUAAAGAGGACUUCCAGGAGCUGCUGCUGGAGUACUCUGAGCUCUUCUAUGAGCUGGAGGUGGAUGCUAAGCCCAGCAAGGAGAAGAUGGGGGCCAUCCAGGAGGUUUUAGGGGAGGAGCAGAGGUUUAAGGCCCUGCAGAAGCUUCCAGCUGAGAGAGAUGCUCUGGUGUUGAAGCAUAUCCACUUUGUCUACCACCCCACCAAGGAAACCUGCCCCAGCAGCCCACAGUGUGGAGAUUUCAAGAUGGAGCAGCUCCUCGCCUCACGCUUCCCAACAUGCUACCCAUUCUUCAAUGUGAAGUCCCAUUUUGGGGAUAUUAAAGCUGACCGAAUCAACCUUGUGAUAUUGGGCAAAGACGGACUGGCCAGGGAGUUUGCCAAUGAGAUCAGGGCUCUCUGUACCAAUGACGACCGGUAUGUGCUGGAUGGGAAAAUGUAUGAGCUGACCCUGCGACCUAUCGAGGGAAACGUACGACUUCCUGUAAACUCCUUUCACACUCCCACCUUCACACCCCAUGGAUGCCUGUGUCUGUACAACUCAAAAGAGUCCCUAACUUACGUCGUAGAAAGCAUUGAAAGGUUGCGGGAGUCAACCAUCGGUAGAAGGGACGGCCAUAUAGCUCAGCUUUUAACGUCUCUGCUCUUGGUUACUAAAAGAGGUGUAGGGACGUAUGCAGAUAUUGGGGGAGAAACUGCUUUAGGCCUGAUAACACAGGGACAGCAGGUAGCAAGGAGACUGCAGUGUAGCUUCCUAGACCCAGCCUCUCCUGGUGUGGGCUAUGGGCACAAUGUGAAUGACAGUCAGAUCAAUCAAGUAUUGAGGGGUCUCCUGGACUCUAGGAGGAGCUCAUCUUUCAGUAGCAGCUCCCCACCUCUGCCUCCUAAACCUCCAGGCCCUCCUCACCAGCCCAGCCAAGAGGCAGACAUCCGCAUCGUCAUGUGCUUGAUGUGUGGAGACAACUACGACGUGGAACAGCUCCUCUCUCCCUUCCUACUGCCUCAGCACUGCAGGCCAACAUCCAAUAGUGGGACCUCAGUGAUACUGGAGCAGACGGUGGGGCCUCACAAACAGGUGAUUGAACUCUCCCUGCUUUCCUACCAUGCUUCCUUCUCCCUGAGGAAGAGCAGUUUAGUGCAUGGCUACAUUGUUGUGUACUCAGCCCGCCGCAAGGCCUCCCUGGAGACCCUAUGUGCCUUCCUGUGUGAGAUCCAGGACAUCAUCCCUGUUCAGCUGCUGGCAGUAGGGGAGAGCCAGGUGGAGCUCACAGAGAGUGAGUCUGCCAGAGAGCAGCUGGUCCAGGGAGAGGAGCUGGCCCAAGAGAUAGAGGGCAGGUUCAACAUUGUGGUGUGUGGGUCCGGAGGGGUGGUGGGCGGCCUGCACAGGAUAGACAUGUUCCAGCCCUUCUUGAUGGAGGUGGUGGAGAAACGCAACAUUGUGGAGGCAACACACAUGUAUGAUAACGUGGCUGAGGCCUGCACUAUUGAGACUGCCUACUCCCCUCGCUGUAGCUCACCCAGCCCCGGCAACAUGUUCCUAGACUCUGAUGUGGAUGACGUGGAGCCCUCCCCACCCUACUUCGAUGGCACACUCACCUCCCAUGGUGGGGGCUUCAACCUGCCUGACCUGGACUCCAGCGAUGUCGCUGUCAUCUCUGAUAUCAGCUCUUUUGAGAACAAACUCAACAGCAAGGUCCCUCCCCAGGUGAGGCCCAAGCCCACUGUGACCUUUGACUUCCGGAAGGUGGGCCGAAACCCCUACAACACAGACACCAUGGGCCACCGUCGCUCCCUGCCCUCUGCUGUGACAUGGGUGCCAGGUGGGGACGGAGGAUACGACCCCUCAGACUAUGCAGAGCCCAUGGAUGCUGUGUCCAAGCCCCGGCCCAGCAACGAGGAGAUAAUCUACUCUGUGCCACACGACAGCACGCAGGGCAAGAUAAUCACCAUCCGCAACGCCAACAGGAUGCACUCUAACGGGAACGGCUCGGACAGUGAGGCAGAUAGCAGUUCCCUGGAGCGCCGCAGGAAGUUCUCGGCGGCGGGGGUGAAGCCCCGGCUGUACCGUGACCGCUCCAAACGCCUGGGCAAGUUCAGCAGCUUCCGCACUAGCUUCAUUGGCAGCGACGACGAGAUGGGGGCCCUGCCAAAGAUCAAGGAUGACGAGUUCGGAACCCUGAAAGGAGACAUCAUCAACGAGGAGGGAGAGGACCCCAAGAAGAGGAACAUUCUGAAGAGCCUACGGCGAACUGCCAAGAAAACCAGACCAAAGCCUCGGCCCUCUAUUCCCAAGCCCCUGGAGAGCAACUACUUUGGGGUGCCCCUGGUCAACGUGGUGUCCCCAGACAGACCUAUCCCACUUUUUAUCGACAAGUGUGUCCACUUCAUUGAGACCACAGGUCUCAACACAGAGGGGCUGUACAGGGUGAGCGGGAACAAGUGUGAGAUGGAGAGCAUGCAGAGGCAGUUUGACCAUGACCAUGGGCUGGACCUAGUGGAGAAGGACUUUGCCAUCAACACGGUGGCUGGGGCUCUGAAGGCCUUCUUCUCUGAGCUGCCGGAGCCCUUGGUGCCCUGCAUCCUGCAGGUGGAGCUGCUCGAGGCCUUCAAAAUCAACGACAGGGAACAGAAGCUGUACACCAUGAAGGAUGUGCUGAGGAAGUUCCCCAGGGAGAACUAUGACGUUUUCAGAUUUGUCAUGAGCCACUUACACAAGGUAAGCCAGCUGAGCAGACAGAACCUGAUGACCAGUGAGAAUCUGUCCAUCUGUUUCUGGCCCACUCUGAUGCGGCCAGACUUCACCACCAUGGAUGCCCUGACAGCCACACGGACCUACCAGACAAUCAUCGAGACUUUCAUCCACCAGUGUGCUUUCUUCUUCUACAACCAGCCCCUCCUGGACACCCCCACUGGCCUGGCUGGCCUCCCUGCCUCCCCCACCACCACCCUCACUGGGGGCUCUGCCUAUUCCUGCUACCGCUCCUCCCCUCCCCCCACCGCCACACAAUUCAGCCCCCUGCAGCAGUCGCCCCCCACGACCCCCCAGUCGCCCCUGCAGUCCCUCCUGCCCCCCCUCCACCAACACCCCCACUGCGCCUCCACCGAGCAAGAGACACUGAGAAGGGAGCACAUGCUGCACCCCUGAUUUGAUGAUGCUGGACCUUAGUCACUUACACAGACACCAACACACACACUAUGACACUACCUUGUUCGGUCAUCGAUAAUAACAUGGGUAAAGAGAGAGAGGAGACGAGGAGCGUUUGACAAACAAACUUGCCACUUACCCAACUUGCCACUAGUGAACAGCAUCCAGCUGACCCUUCCCUGCCACCUGUGUGCCAGUGCAGAUCACAAUGCUGACUCCUCCCCUAUAGCCCCUGAUAACCUGGAAUCUGACUCUAGGACUCACCAACAGGAGGGCCGGGGGAAAGAACAGAGUGGGUGUCAUUGUUACAGUAAGCAUCUCUCUGCCAACUAACCAUUUUAAUCCUAAUGAUACACCAUGAUGAAAAAGUCCAAGCCUCCAUGUCAAGUUGGAAGAUAUGAUUUGUGCCCAUCACUAUGUUUUUAUUUGUGUAUAAUAGUUUUACAUGUUUCUUUCUGUUUGUUAAUGAAAGUAGCCACUGGAUGUAUGAACUGUGCCUCUGAAGGCUGUGGGCGGUAACAUGCCGCCGUUUGGGGAGCCUCCCUGUCUGCCUGAAGGACCCCUGCUACGGGGUUGGGGGGUUCA